UCAAGCCUUGUUGAGGGGUCUUUUAAAAUGUAAAUGAUCACAAAUGUUAGCUGAUGCAUAUCUGAAUAUUCUUAUAGUAUAUAUUUCCAUGUUCUGAACACAAAUAUUUUCCUAAACAUUAAAAGAAGAUACUGAUUUCAUAAUAUGUGAGGAGAAUUUUUCCAUAGUCAAAUGUUGUUUGUUUGCACUUAACUACUGCAUCAAUAAUGUGAAAAAGAGAAAUAGUCUGAUUAUGGUUAGAGACUGUUUUAGAGGCUAAGGUUUCUAUCAUGGACUACUUUCAACUGUUAUAUUUUAUGGCAGAGAUUCAGUGGGAAUCUGAUCUGCUAAAAUAUUUGGGCUGUGAAAACUCCCACACUGUGACAGAUGUCAAGUCCAAUUAAGUGACUCAUGUUCAGGUUUCUGUCCAAUAGGAUUUCCCAUUAAAUAUCAAUUUAGGGAAAAAAAUUCCAUCCCCCUUCUUAAGCCUUUAUCUCUUCCACCAUCUCCAGGCUCAAUCAGUUGGUACCAGGAGACCCAAGAAACCACACAUGCAUCUCUGCCUCUUUGCUCUGGCUCCCACUGUCUUCUGUCUUUCUCAGCUUCCCUGUCACUGUUACUCCGGGGGACAUUCACGUUCCACCAACCUUUCUCCAAGCAUCUCCAAGCCACUGACUAUAUAUAUUUUGCUACAAGAGCCCCAGAAGAGGAAAAAAGGCACGAGACUUUUCAACACGUCGUUUAAAAAAAAAACCAACAACGAAUUCCCCGGAAUGUUUGACAACAAUUAAAAGGAAAAGGCGUUUUUGAUCUCUCAACUAAGUGAACAAUCAUUCAUAUCAUCCACAUCCUGAGAUAUUAUCAUCUCUCGCUGUGGACACUGGCGAGAUGACAGCUGCUUUUUCAUUUUUGAAUGUAAUAAAUUUUUGCUGCUUUUGAUAUAUUUCGAAAUUUCUCCUCGCUAAUCCCUGGAAUUUUAACUCUAAAAGAUUGGAGAAAAGAUUACCGAAAAGGCUUUUACAAGCUUCCAAGAUGAUGCUGAGUCCGGACCAAGCCGCCGACUCGGACCACCCCAGCUCGGCGCACUCGGACCCAGAGUCGUUGGGCGGCGCGGACGCCAAGGUGCUGGGCAGCGUGUCGGACCUAGAGCCGGUGGAGGAGGCCGAGGGCGACGGCAAGGGCGGCGGCCGGGCCGCGCUCUACCCGCACCCGCAGCAGCUGAGCCGGGAGGAGAAGCGCCGCCGCCGGCGCGCCACGGCCAAGUACCGCUCGGCCCACGCCACCCGCGAGCGCAUCCGCGUGGAGGCCUUCAACCUGGCCUUCGCCGAGCUCCGCAAGUUGCUGCCCACGCUGCCCCCCGACAAGAAGCUCUCCAAGAUCGAGAUCCUGCGCCUGGCCAUCUGCUACAUCUCUUAUCUCAACCACGUCCUGGACGUGUAGGGCCGAGGGCACCGCGGGAGGCCGUGUGUCCGCUAGCGGGUGAAACGCGACCGACUCCGGCGGGCGGCCGCCGCCGGGGUGGCGGAGGAGGCGCGGGCCCAGCGGGUCGGCCGCCGCGGGAGACUUGGACCCGGGCAGAAGCUCACGACACGUUCACUCUGGUCAGCAGCGCGACGAGGGAAGGUUUGGUUGUCGGGCCAGCCCUGGGGCUUGCAGGUUUUCCAGGCCAGGUGAACCUGCCACAGGCCCCGGAGAUGCGCCGUCCCUAGGCAUCCCCUUCUUGUGCUAGGAUCCUUUUAAGGGUUAUGGCUUUAGCUCACUGGAGACUUAGAAUUCUCCUACAAUUUCUCCCACAGAUCUUCAUGUUUUGAAAGAAUGAGGGCAGAAGCUCAGAGUAUAGGCUCAUAACCACAUUAUCUGGGGUUUUUCUAUUUGACAAAUCAAACUUUCGGAGGAGUGAGGAGGAAAGAACUCUCCUCCAGUAUAAAGUAAGUUUAAGGCACUGAAAGGUAGAACAGGAAACGUUCCCUUCCGUUGUGAAAAGAAAGAUAUACUAUUAGCUAAAUAAAACAGACAAACCCUGAAUAUUUGGAAAGGUUAACAAGAUACAUGGAGAACAGACACUUUGUAGAAAGAUUUGAGCUUGGUAAGAUUUUAACCCCAAAGUAUGACGCCCACAUAGACAGGAAAAUCCAGACUUAAAUGGAAAAUAUAAUAUCUGAUUGCUUUUGCAGGCGAAGUGCCCCUUUAUAUAUCCAAAAACAUCUAUUUGUGACCUUAAACAUGUGGACCCAUAGGUGCAGUUAGAAAAAGACAACCUAUUUUUAUUUAUGUUAGAAGAAGUAGAGUAUUUUUUUCAAGACAUUUAUUUUUCAGAGUGGUGAUAAUUUUACUUUGGAUACUCUGUGCCAAUUUAUUUAUAGUCAAGUGUUUACACUUUUUCCUGUGGAAUAAUUAUGUCUAACUUUUUAUGUGUACGUUGAGAUUAUACUGUGGUUUUUCUUUUUGCUCUAAUUAUAUUGCACUUGUAUAACAAAUUUCCCACUUCUCCCUGUUUCUAAACAUAUUUUAUAAAGAUGUUCUUUGAAUUUUUUUUGUUGUGAGAUCAGCAACACUAGCACUUCACUAUUAUAGUUUUCUAAAAAAGUAAGUGUUGUUACUCUUAUCUGUAGUUAUGUCUGAAAAGUAUUUUACAAACUGUUUUUAAGGAGAGUAGCUUCUUUGUGUGUGUGUGUGUGAUUGUGCGUGGGAUGAUUUUAGGAAAUUAAGUUAUUUUCCUAAAAAAAAAAAAUUCAAAACUACUUUCCUCUGUGACAACCAAAAAGAAAAGUCUAUAACCUGAAAAUGUUUCAUGUUCUCAGCUGUGAAACUCUUAAAACAAGGAGUAUAUUUUAGAGACAAGGAAAAAAAACCACAUCUCCUAUCCAAAGAUUUUAGUCUUUUUCAGGGUUUUUUUGUGUCUCUGUUGCUUUAUAUAAUGCAAUAUUUUGUAGUGAAAAUAGAUAUAAUCUGGUUUCUAUCCAACGAGUUUUUCAUAUCUCACGAAUGGUGCGCUGUUUUGCAUAUAAAUAAAUGUAUCAAAUAAAGUUCUCUCUUUUAUUUUAA